AGAAGACAGGAACAAUAAGACGAGAAAAGAAAAGUGCCCGGGUCUUAAAUAGAUUUGAAAGCACAUCAAAUCGGCCAAAUCAAAGGGUAACUGACUGUCAGCCGUGCCAGGACAGAAGAAUUGGGUUUGCAUGUGAUGACAAGUGACUGCCAGGCCAACCAUGGCGAACAAUGCAGAGGAUAUUGAGAGCAACAUGGGCAAUGAGGCAACAGAGCCCAGUCAGCAGCCAGAGGAGGCUGGAGGGACCAGAGUGCGCUCCAGGGGAGGAGCAGGAGGCGGAGGAGGUGGUGACGGGGGAGGAGGAGGAGGCGGUGGUGGAGGAGGAGGAGGAGGAGGAGGCGGCGGCAGCGGUGGUGACAGCGGUGCACCAGAGCAGAACGGGCAGCCCCCCGCGGCUCAGCCUCCUCGGGUGGUGGAGGGCGAGGAGGACGAGGAUGAGGAGCUGACCUUGAAAUAUGGGGCCAAACACGUCAUCAUGCUGUUCGUUCCCGUCACCCUCUGCAUGGUGGUGGUCGUGGCAACCAUAAAGUCUGUCAGCUUUUACACCCAGAAUGACGGGCAGAGACUGAUCUACACACCCUUCCCUGAAGACACAGACACAGUAGCACAGCGAGCCCUCAACUCCAUCUUGAACGCCAUCAUCAUGAUCAGCGUGAUCAUCGUUAUGACUCUGGUGCUGGUGCUGUUAUACAAGUACCGCUGCUACAAGGUGAUCCAAGGUUGGCUCUUCCUCUCCUCACUCCUCCUGUUGUUUUUCUUCUCUUACAUCUACCUCAAAGAGGUUUUCAAGACCUACAAUGUGGCCAUGGACUACAUCACCCUGACGGUGAUUAUCUGGAACUUCGGCGUGGUGGGCAUGAUCUGCAUUCACUGGAAAGGACCUCUGCGGCUCCAGCAGGCCUACCUCAUCAUGAUCAGCGCCCUCAUGGCCCUGGUUUUCAUCAAGUACCUGCCAGAGUGGACUGCCUGGCUCAUACUGGCUGUCAUAUCCGUCUACGAUCUGUUAGCGGUGCUCUGUCCCAAAGGGCCUCUGAGGAUACUGGUGGAGACGGCUCAGGAAAGGAACGAACCCAUCUUUCCAGCGCUCAUCUAUUCUUCUACCAUGGUGUGGCUGGUCAACAUGGCAGACACCGACGGGCCCAAGAGGAACUCGACAGAAGCAGCGCCGCCUCAGCCAGAGAGUCAAGCCAUGGCGGCGCCGUCCCCCACCAGCCCACCAGCAGACGACGGAGGCUUCACUUCGACCUGGGUAAACCAGCAGGAGCACCAGCUGGGACCCAUGCAGUCGACCGAGGAGAGCAGACGGGAGAUCCAGCAGAUGCCCUCCGCCCGGCCUCCUGUUGAAGACGACGAUGAGGAGAGGGGGGUAAAGCUGGGCCUCGGAGACUUCAUCUUCUACAGCAUGCUGGUGGGAAAAGCGUCGGCCACAGCCAGCGGUGACUGGAACACCACGCUCGCAUGCUUUGUCGCCAUCCUCAUUGGCCUUUGUCUCACCCUCCUCCUCCUCGCCAUCUUCAAGAAAGCGCUCCCCGCCCUGCCCAUCUCCAUUUUCUUCGGCUUGGUCUUCUACUUCGCCACAGACAACCUGGUGCGGCCCUUCAUGGACCAGCUGGCGCUCCACCAGUUCUACAUUUAGCAGGACGCUGCCCUGACAUCCCACACACACACUCACACACACAUGCAUACACACACAGCUCUCGGGUCAACAACACAAGAGAACAUGAGAGCGGUCCCCUCACAGCCGGGGAACAAAAGGGCGACGCAGGGGCCCCUCCUGCCUCCAUAUCCCCUCCCACAAACUCAUGACUGAAGUUGUUUUUGUUUUGCCUUUCUUUCUGGCUCUUUGGGAGGGAAUUCCACACAGCAACUGUUCUUAACCAUACAUCUUUGAUAUUUUGUCUUUUAAGUGAUAUGUCUCUACUCUGAGACAGUCUGAAAGGUUCGAGGGAAGAUCACUCGACUUGGGACAUCUUCAAGUUGCUCAAUCGAUCAGCAGUCUCAGGCACAAUCCCAAACCAAGAGGAGAUUUCCUUUUCCAUUUCAAUUACCUUUAUUUAUCCAGGGGAGCGUUACAGAGCAUGCAUGCUCUCUUGCAGCAGCGCCCUGCUUCACAUUCACACACAUCCACGUCUGGGAGCUGCCCGGCACGGCGGCAGUCUGCUGCUGUCGGCUACUGAGCAGCUCCUCUGGAGCAACUGGGGCUUAGGUGCCUUGCUCAAGGACACCUUGACAGUAGCUAUUCAUCUCCCUUGCCAGUUUAGGAUUCAAACUGGCAACUGUCUGCACAUAAGCCCAUAUUCAUACCUUCCUUGGCUACCCCAAGGAACCCCACCCCAAACAACCAACACAUCAGAAGCCUUCAUCAACUAAUGGACGAUAAUGUGGCAUUGUUUUUGUAAUACUGAUGACACCAGAUUGGUUUCCAGUUUGGUUGUGUGUGAGCCGUCAGUCGCCAGCGCCCGCUUACCCACUGCUGUCAAGAAUGUUAAGAAUGUUGAAUUUUCCCCAAAAAACCCAAGAUAUGAAUCUGAAGUGACAUCUGCCCAGAAUGGUUUACACAAUGGUUUUUCUGAUGUGGACAUGUUGUUGUCUAGAGAAUUAAAAAUAUGUUUUUGAGAUUUAUAUCGUGACACCACCUCACCAAGACAUUGACCAUUUCCCACAUUUUCUGCCGUCAUGUUUUUAACUAGGCAAGUUGGCAAACAACACAUUCUCAUUCACAACAGCGGCCUGGGAGAGUAGUAGCAGGGGGACGAAAGGUUUUUAUACACAGUCACACCUGAGACCCGGUAAAUCAGCCUUGCACUGUCGGCCACUGAGCUGUUCUGCUGGAGUUGGAAGUUCAGUGCCUUGCUCUAGGGCAUUUCAGUUGUGGGACAGAAAUGUGCUACUCAUUGACUUUGCUGACAGACAUUUUAUUAUUAUUUUUUUCCCCAUCCGUUCCAUUCAUAAGCCAGCUUUUCUAACCUUCAGGCUACUGUCGCCCCCAUGUUGCUCGCCUGGUGCUUUCUCAAUCUAUGCUACAUUUAACACAAAUUAUUUAAGGUAUACAAAUACUGCUGUGUUAAAAGAUAUGCAGAGGUGAAACUUUUGGAAACCAGUUUCAAAAGAGGGGCACAACUUGCAGGGUUCCUAUGCAGGUCAAGGAAGCCCAGGAAAGUAUGGUGAAUUUAAUAUUUUUGAGAUCCUCAAAAGAUGUGGAGGAUGGCAGAGGCGCUGUUUCUCUAAUAAACAGGAGUGUUUUUUAAAUGAUGGGAUGAUACAUGAUUCGGUACACAACAUGGGCCUCACAAUUCAGUAAACCAGUAUACAAUAUAAUAGACCUAAGUUAGAAAACAAGAACGUAUGACUGUGCUGAAAUGUCUAUUUCAGUUCUUUCUAGCGAUGGAAUUGACUUGCUAGAAUGUAAACAUUUUAAAAAUGUCAUGUCAAAGUGCAAAUAAUAUAAUUUUGACAAAGAGCUUAUGAAAUUGUGAUAGGUGAGUCGUCUCACUUGUCAUUACUACAGCAAAAUAAAAUGUGGCCACUACCGUGAUUAAUAUUUCUGCCGCAUGAUAUAAACUGUCAAAUUUUUUGCAUUACAAAAUAUUGAAUUUCAGUAUAUUUCACCCCGUCCCGGCGAGCCAUAGAUCCAGUGUCGUAUGCCAUACUGUGAUUCUUGUUGAGAAGAAUCUAAAGUGUCAAGUCAUACGGCGUAGCUGACUUUAAAUCAGUCAGCAUUGAUCCGAUUGAAAACAAGCCAAAAACUUCAAAUCCACUGAGGUAAUGUUCUGGCAUGGAAUACUGAAAUGUAUAGGAAUCCUGGUUUUAGCCCCAGUUCCACGGCUUCUCAGAAAUAUGAGAUUAGGCUCCCCGAUUGAGGGAGACUAGGUGCACUGACUGCUCUUGUAUUGUUGCACUCAAGUUUCAUGCUUGCUGAAGAGAAACCUGCACACAAGUGGGAAAAUAUAAUAAUUGUGCUGAGACUUUUUUUUUUUUUCUUUUAUGUCUUUUGUUUCUAGGAAAUAUGUUGGGUGACUGGCCUUUUUCUGUCCUUCACAUGCAUAUGUAUAUUAUGCAAGGUUAUUCAUUUGAGAUUUUGUUCCUUUUUUUAAUAAAUAAUGAAACAGAA